AUGUAUUUCAAGGUAUUGUGCUUAUUGGGACUGUUAGCUGUAGCAAUGGCUAAUUUAGUCCCCGAAUACGAGAGGGCUGUCUCUUCACAAUACAUUAUAAAAAAAGACGAUCAUCCAGUCAUCAUUGAUAGGGAUUAUCAUAAUGACUAUUACCACAACAACUACCGCUAUCGACAUGGAUACAACCACUAUGACUACUACGCUUACCCGAAAUAUGAAUUCGAAUACAAAGUGGCCGAUCCCCAUACGGGAGACUUUAAGAAACAACGUGAAUUACGAGAUGGAGGUUUAGUUAAGGGUUUCUACGAACUCUUGCAACCUGAUGGACACGAGAGGAGAGUAGAUUACUACAGCGACGAUAAGAUUGGUUUCCAAGCUGAUGUGAAAUACAAAAUUAAUCAUCGUUAUCCGUAUGCAAGAUACUACAAACCGUACCCAGAUUACUACCCAAGAUCAUACUACUAUAAUUAA